AUGUCGUUGAAAUUGCCUUCGGCCCCUAAUGCAGGGCUUUUCAAGCAAGGCUACUCGCUGUACUCUGCCUCAGAUGGUGCUAUGUUCAGAAACAUCGAGGCUGUCAGAGAAAUCAGCAGCAUUGUGCUCACAUCCAUGGGACCUAGCGGCAGAAACAAGAUUCUUGUCAAUAAACACGAUAGGACUUUCAUCACCAAUGAUGCAGCAACUAUUUUGAAUGAGUUGGACAUUGUGCAUCCGGCAGUGAAGAUUUUGAUUAUGGCAUCGAAGCAGCAGGAGUUUGAAAUGGGUGAUAACACCAACUUGGUGCUCAUUUUGGCGGGCGAAAUGCUAAAUAUCUCUGAGAAGUUGCUCAACCUCGGUUUGAGCGUUCCCGAGAUUGUGCAAGGAUUCAAAAUGGCCAACAAGUUCUUGCAGGAGACUUUGGAGAAACUCGUUGUGGGAUCGGUGGAAAACAUUGUCGAUUCGGCUGAGCUUUUGAAAGCAAUCAAGCCGGUCAUUGCAGCAAAACAGUACGGCUUAGAAGACGCCAUUUCUUCCCUUGUGGUUGAUGCAGUCAAGUUGAUCAUCAACCCAAAGAGACCACAGGCCUUCAACAUUGACAAUGUGAGAGUUGUCAAGAUUAUGGGCUCUUCUUUAUCCAACUCCGAAGUGGUCAAGGGUAUGGUUUUCCCACGUGAGCCAGAAGGACAUGUCAAGCACGUUACCGAGAAGUCUAAGGUUGUUGUUUUCACAUGUCCAAUUGACAUUUCCACCACGGAAACUAAAGGAACGGUCUUGCUUCAUAAUGCCCAAGAAAUGUUGAACUUCUCGCAAGGUGAAGAACAGCAGUUGGACACUAUGUGUAAGGAAAUUGCUGACUCUGGCGUGCGUGUCGUUGUUGCCGGCUCUAGCAUCGGUGAGUUGGCUCUUCAUUACUUCAAUAAGUACAAUAUUUUGAUCUUGAAAGUUCCUUCCAAGUUUGACGUUCGCCGCAUUUGUCAAGUAUGUGGCGCCACGCCAUUGCCCAGAUUGGGAGCUCCAAUGCCUGAAGAAAUGGGCAGCAUCGAUUUGAUCGAAACAAAGGAGAUUGGUGGGGACAGAGUCACUGUCUUCAGACAAAGUGAGGAAUCUACAUCUAGAACAUCAACGAUCAUUAUCAGAGGUGCUACCCAAAACAAUUUGGAUGAUAUCGAGAGGGCAAUUGAUGAUGGUGUGAACGCGAUCAAGGGUUUGGUUAAGGACAACAGACUUUUGCCCGGCGCCGGUGCCGUUGAAAUUGAGUUGGCUAAGUUGAUUACGCAACAUGGUGAAAAGACCCCUGGUUUGAUGCAGCUUGCCAUAAAACACUACGCCAAAGCUUUUGAGGUUGUUCCUAGAGUCUUGGCGGAAACGUCUGGUUUGGAUUCCACCGAAGUAUUGAGUCAGUUGUAUGCUGCUCACUCUGCGGAGGAUAACUCGGGCUUGGCUAAAGGUGUGGAUGUUGAAAACAGCUCUGAAGAUGGCUUAGUGGAUACCACAGAAGCCGGUAUCUUUGAUCUCUUGUCGACUAAACAAUCGGCCAUUGACUUCGCCACAGAUGCUGCAACUACAAUCUUGUCCAUUGACCAAAUCAUCAUGGCCAAGAGAGCUGGAGGACCUCAAGUUCCACAGCAAAGAAGACCAGGAAACUGGGAUUCGGAGGAUUAG